AUGAAGCUGGCUCUGGUUCUCUUUGAAAUGUUUCUUAUUUUGAUUUCGACUCUGGUUCUAAUUCUUGUGAUUACAUCAGUAGUUGUACUGUUGAGGUCCGAGAAAACUCUGCUGCAAGAAGAUCAAGGCAGCCUACCUUCCUAUCUCACUGGCUUGUGCGAUAAUUCAUUGAAAAGGGAAGUUCUUGGAAACGAAGAUGACCCCGCCCAAGGGCCCUUUGUUAACUUCAAUCACAUUCGAGUUUGUGCAGGAAUCCUUGUGAAAUGCUUGAAGACGUCCUUUGGGAAAUGCGCAGCGGUUCCCUUUUGCAAAGCAAUGUACUUUAGGUGCCGAUGCAUUCUCAAAGACGUAAGGAGAUGCCGCAAGAUUCUGGGCUUCGCUAAUAAGAUAAAGAAACACAGCAGCGAUCUGAAAAAAGUCGACCAAGACGAAGGACGCGACAGGGAUGCAAAUAAAGCAAAAUGUAGGAAGAUAUUGAAAGCGUUCCAACGUGGAUACAAAAAAUGCGCCCACGGUAAGGAAGAUUGCGGACCCUGCUUAGAGCAGUCUGAACUCUGUAUCGCGAAGAAAAAGCAUUACGGAAAGCAUGAAGAGCCCUUGGAAAGUGAAAAAGAGAUGGCGAUGCCUAACAAGAUCGUUAAUCAUGCAGACAACGAGGAAGACGCAAAGCAACGUGAAGUCAUAAUGCCAAAACCUCAGUGGUAAGAGUAUUGCUGACACUGAAAAAUGUUCACAAUUUACCAAUCUACCGUUUCCGGCGGUGGUAACGGUUUUUUUGAAGGCAAAGCUGACUUGCACAGUGCAAGAAUAUGUUACCAUA